UUCUUCUUAGAAUUGAGGAAAAUGUUAUUGGAAUUGGACUUGCUAUUGUUUUGACUCUGAUUAUAUUUCCAGUUUUUGCGCUGGAUUUACUUAAAGAAAAUAUUCAAAAUACGCUCGAAGCUUUUCGUGAUAGUGUUAAUUCGAUACGAUCAAUUUAUAAUAAAUUAAUUCUUGAUAAAAAUCCAACUGGAAUUUAUUUCGAUAUUGAGAAAGACAAAGAAGUCGAAUCGUUCUUUGCAGCUCAACGAAAUAAUUUUUAUCAAUUUAUUACAACUCAGCGGGCCGGCAUUCAAUAUAUCGCAGUUGAACCCACUUUUCUUUGGAUUAAUAACUUUUCAUCCAACCAUUAUACAACACUUAUUGAACAAGAACUUGAUAUUUGUCAAAUUUUACAUACUAUCGAUGCAGCGGAAUUGUCAACUUUAAGUAGUCAAUUAAAUGGUCGUUUUGAUAUGUGGUCAUCUUAUUUUAAACUUAGUCAGACACGAUAUCAUCGACUGUUUAAUGAUGGUAUUUUUUAUAACAAGGAAUUAUUUGAAAUUGAACUCUUAAAACAAGAUUCAUAUCUUGCUGAAUUACGUCAAACAGUUCAUCGCCUUGAAAAUGAACAUCAAGAUGGUGUGGAUCAACUAUUGAAACGUUUUAUCGAUCUAUUAAUUCAAGGAGGUACACCUUCCAAUUUUCUUCCAUAUAAAAAAAAACGAUCAAAAUGA